GAAAAAAAAAAAAAAAAGAAGUGCUAACUGCUAUGCUACAGGUAGAGUGAAACUCAUUACCAACUGGAGUUAGAAAUAUGUGAGUCUUUACUCAUCACACCCCAGAAGACCCAGAAAAACUUUCAAGAGACCCUCUCCCCCUGACCCAUGCCACUGGGGGCAAUUCAGGAAAGGAGGGGACGGCUGCAGAACUGGGUGGAAUUUGGCUGGCACUCAGGAAUGAAGGCGGUCUUCAGUUCAGGCAGGCUGUUAGGUGACUAGGGGACGGGAAAUUGCAAAGGGCUUUAGGGAGAGCGUGAGCAGCUGGUGAGCUGGGAUGAGGAUGCUGCAGAAGAGAACAGAACAGAAACAGUAGACAGAGUGCAGAUAAAACAUUAGUCCCAGAGGGCUCCAGCCAGCUACAUCCCAGGCAAUCAGGAGCCCAGGAUUGGAGACCCCACCCCUGCUGUGACAUCACAGGGGAGUGGGGUGGAGACGAACAAAAAGGGGGUCCCCCGCCCUGGUCUCUUGGAAGCCAGAGUAUCAAGAGAAGAGAGAACCUGACUAGGGUUGCCUGGCUUAAAGGGACAGGCUCCCCAUUCCUCCGACCCCUCUAAGCUGCCCCCUCCAGGUCGUGAUCCUGUCUCCCUGUCCUGUGGGACCUCCCUCUCCUGAGGCCACCACUGGGCCCCCUUCUGAGUGUCCCCUGAGCACUCUCUCAGUAUGAACUGCAUAUCCGACUUCUUCACCUAUGAGACCACCAAAUCGGUGGUUGUGAAGAGCUGGACCAUCGGGAUCAUCAACCGAGUAGUUCAGCUUCUGAUCAUCUCCUACUUUGUGGGGUGGGUUUUCUUGCACGAGAAGGCAUACCAGGUACGGGACACAGCCAUUGAGUCCUCGGUGGUAACCAAGGUGAAGGGCUUCGGACUCUACGCCAACAGAGUCAUGGAUGUGUCUGAUUAUGUGACGCCACCUCAGGGCACCUCAGUCUUUGUCAUCAUCACCAAGAUGAUUGUUACUGAAAACCAGAUGCAAGGAUUCUGCCCAGAGAGUGAGGAGAAAUACCGCUGUGUAUCAGAUAGCCAGUGCGGGCCUGAGCGCUUCCCAGGCGGGGGGAUCCUCACUGGCCGCUGCGUGAACUACAGCUCUGUGUUCCGGACCUGUGAGAUCCAGGGCUGGUGCCCCACGGAGGUGGACACGGUGGAAAUGCCCAUCAUGAUGGAAGCUGAGAACUUCACUAUUUUCAUCAAGAACAGCAUCCGUUUCCCCCUCUUCAACUUUGAGAAGGGAAACCUCCUUCCCAACCUGACAGCCAGGGACAUGAAGACCUGCCGCUUCCACCCGGACAAGGACCCUUUCUGCCCCAUCUUGCGGGUAGGGGACGUGGUCAAGUUUGCGGGGCAGGAUUUUGCCAAACUGGCGCGCACGGGUGGCGUUCUGGGCAUUAAGAUUGGCUGGGUGUGCGACUUGGACAAGGCCUGGGACCAGUGCAUCCCCAAGUACUCCUUCACCCGGCUGGACAGCGUUUCUGAGAAGAGCAGCGUGUCCCCAGGCUACAACUUCAGGUUUGCCAAGUACUACAAAAUGGAGAACGGCAGUGAGUACCGCACCCUCCUGAAGGCUUUCGGCAUCCGCUUCGACGUGCUGGUGUACGGGAAUGCUGGCAAGUUCAACAUCAUCCCCACCAUCAUCAGCUCUGUGGCAGCCUUUACUUCUGUGGGAGUGGGGACUGUUCUCUGUGACAUCAUCCUGCUCAACUUCCUCAAGGGGGCCGAUCAAUACAAGGCCAAGAAGUUUGAGGAGGUGAAUGAGACUACGCUGAAAAUCGCCGCUUUGACCAACCCAGUGUACCCCAGCGACCAGACCACGGCGGAGAAGCAGUCCACUGACUCGGGGGCCUUCUCCAUAGGCCACUAGGCCUCUGUCCAGGGACCCACACUCACAAAGGCUCCAGGCCUCCCCACAGGGGACCCUGCCUGAGCAAGGGGGCAUGGGAGGGAAGAGGGGCUCUCAUUGCUGCUGCUCACUCCAUGAGCACAGCUGGGACCCGGGUGUCUGGGCCUCCCACUGCUCCAGCGGACAGGCAGUGCCCCCUGCUGAGACCCCAAUCUCACCUUCACUCCUUGCCUGACCCCAUCUGCUUCCUAGGACCUCUGGGGCAGGAGCACCUGAGCCGUCCCUUUCCCAAAGAGUAGAGAUGAUGACGUAGAACAGAUGGCCACAAGGGCCUACCAGGUGCCAGGCACUUUCACACACGUUAUCUCAUUUAAUCCUUAGAGUAAUCCUAUGAGGUACAUACUAGUUUCCCUUGUUUUGAAGAUAAACCAGGGCUCAGAGAGACUGAGUCAUUUGCCCCAGGCCAGACAGUCAGGAUGGGAGAGAGCUGGGAUGUGAACCUCCGUCUGACUAACUCCAUCACCUACACCCCAUGAGAGAAGAAUGAACUCCCGGGGGCCUCAGCCCUGCUGCUUCAGCCGCCUCUGCCCUGACCAUGACUCGGUUAGUAAAGAGUAAGCCCCAUGCCUUUCCCAGCAACAGAGGCUGCAUUUCAGGGAGACUGGUUAGACAGUGGUGAGGGACCCCGUCUCUGACUUGGGUGGGUCCCAGAUUUAGAAGGAAACCGAAGGCAUGGGCUGUCGGUGAAUUUUUCCUUAUCACACGCCACAGCUCUCUCUCCAAACCAGGGAAGGGGUCAUUCUUGUUCUUCUCCGGGACCCCGCACCCACACACAUCUGGCCCCUCACUCUGGGGAUUUGAUUCCCAGGCCUGGGGUCCUGUCGUAGGCUGGGACCCUGUUCCAGGAGUUCAGCAGUCCUCAUUGACAACAUCGGUGAAAAGGCUCCAGUGAGGCCUGGUGCCUUGGGAGCUACUCAGCUGGGUCGGCCAGGCCUGUCCCCAUAGGGUCUUAAUAAGGUGUCCCGUUUUCUAAGGUUAGAAGCUAAAGGGGCCUUAGAAACCAUCUUAUCUAACCCUCUUGCUUACAGAUGAGGAAACUGAGGCCAGAAAGGGAAAAUGACUGGUUCAGUGCCACAGUUCACGGCCAAAAAGGAACCCACAUGUCCUGCCCUUCAGGGAAGGAGGCAAGAACAGGAAGCUGGGUCCAUUGACCCAGACAUCCUCUAUCCCCUUUUCUGGCCUCUCUUACAGUGAGAGGCCCAGAAAUUGCCCCAGGGCAGGGCUCUGGGGCAAACCUAGGUUUUGUGAAUCCUAAGCAUAUACAAUUUGGGGGCAUCUCUUUAGAAAGAAUACAAAAUUAGGUGUUAGAAGGGGCUCAUGCUAGUGAAUGAGCCUAAAGAAUGUUUUGAUAGCUUCACGAUAAAUCUGCAUCUGGCAGUCAGAGUAGGCAUGAUCAUGAGGUCUUAGCAGCACCAGCUCAGCUGUAGAUGGAGGGCGGCCCCUCAACACAAGGCACAGGAAGUGGGGAAGGGGACAGCUUCAGGAGUAGUUCAGGAGGCUCAAACGGUGGGUACUUGCAAAGGCCUUGCCCAAUGACCCCCCACCCCAGGGGGAGAAGGGGUAAGAAGACUGUCUCCACAUAAGGCUCAGCACGACUUCCCUCACUCUGCCCUAACCCACAGCCUCAUGCCCAGGAUGGUAGGGCAUAUCUCCCCAGGGUCAGCCUUGGGAAUUGGGCAGUGCCUGGAGAUCUGACCAGGCUAUGCUUCUCCAGCAGAGACAUCAGUGAAGCCAGCACUACAUUCUCCACCUGGGAGUCCCCAGGCAUUCCUGGGGAAUCCAGUUCUUGGGAGGCUGGGGUCAUGGGGAUGCUCUCUAAUGGGGAGAUGGAGACAGUGGUGUCCUGAAGGGACCCUUCCCUCAACCCCUCCCCUUUACCCAGAUGGAGGUGGUCCUCCUGCAGGUGCCUCAGCCCCUCUGGAGCCGGCCAGCAAGUGUGUGAGCCUGAGGUUGUCCUCCCCAUAUCUGAACUAAGUUACCGCUUCUGUGUGCUAGAUGUAGGGUUAAUAUCAGUUGUGAUAAAAACAGCUACCUUGUCUCUGUUGCAUUAUGGUUUACUCAGCACAAUCACCAACAUAAUCACAUGGAUCCUCACACCAA